GCUAAGGUGUUGAGCCAUCCUGCCCACAGCUCUAAUGACUGUCUAUGACAAAGGGACAAGGCCGGAGCUGGAUGGCUGUGAGCUCCCUGGAGACUGGCUCAGCCUGUCAGAAAGAUGGGCUGAACCUGAUUUUGGUUUUUCUCACUCCUGAUCGAUCGAUCGUUCAGUCAAUCCCUUCUUCAGCCCGUCACCUGGGUGGCCUCCGCGUUGGACACUCAUGAAGGUUCUGAAAAUAACAAAGAAAUCCACAGGUCUCAUGGCCACCCCCAGUGGAAGAGAAGACUCCAGCUCCCAGACACCAGGUCCUGGGAAGCAGGGAAGUGGAGCCUGGGUGGAGCUGCUGGACCACCCAGAGAGGCUAGAGGCAGAGGUGCCAGACCAUGUGGAAGAGAGUGUCAUGUGGAAGAAAGCACAGGAGUUCUUCCAGACCUGUGACUCCGAGGGCAAGGGCUUCAUUGCCAGGACAGACAUGCAGAGGCUGCAUAAGGAGUUGCCCCUAAGUCUGGAAGACCUGGAAGAUGUGUUUGACGCGCUGGAUGCUGAUGGCAAUGGCUUUCUGACCCCAGAAGAGUUCACCACUGGAUUUAGUCACUUCUUCUUCAGUCAAAAUAGCCAAAGAGAGGACGAAGCUGGCCAGCAGGUGGCCCAGCUCCAAGAGGAGAAAGUGUAUCAGUCUAGAGGGGAGAAGGAUGUGGGAGACCUGGACCAAGAUGAGGAAGCACAGUUUCAGAUGCUGAUGGAGAGGCUCGGAGCCCAGAAAGUUCUGGAAGAUGAAAGUGAUGUCAGGCAGCUGUGGCUGCAGCUGAAGAAGGACGAGCCUCACCUGCUGUCCAACUUCGAAGACCUCCUCACCACAAUCUUUGCUCAGCUCCAAGAAGCCCACGAGCAGAAGAAUGAACUGGAAUGUGCACUCAGAAAGAAAAUUGCUGCUUAUGAUGAAGAAAUCCAGCAUCUCUAUGAGGAGAUGGAGCAGCAGAUCAAAAGUGAAAGGGAGCAGUUCCUCCUAAAAGACACAGAGAGAUUCCAGGCUCGCAGCCGGGAGCUGGAAAGGAAGCUGAGCGCCAAGGAGCAGGAACUGGAGCGGCUGAACCAGAAGCAGAGGAGGCUGGAAGGCCAGUGUGCAGCUCUACACAAUGACAAGCAUGAAACCAAGGCUGAGAACAGCAAGCUGAGACUCACUAACCAGGAGCUGGCCCGGGAGUUGGAACGCACCUCCCACCAACUCCAGGAGGCCCAGCAGCAGCUGGAGAGCCUCCAGAGAGAGGCCUGUGAGCUGCAGCAGGAGAAGGAGAUGGAAGUGUACCGAGUGACUGAGAGUCUGCAGCGGGAGAAGUCCGGCCUCCUGAAACAGCUGGAUUUCCUAAGGGAAAGGAACAAACACCUCCGGGAUGAACGGGACAUAACUUUCCAGAAAGAUAAAACAGCCAAGGCCAACACAGCUGCUUCCAAGGCAGGCAGGAAGCAAAGAUCUGGCUCUGUGAUUGGCAAGUACUUGGACGGCAGGGGAAUGCUUAGGAGCCAGUCAGAGGAGGAGGAAGACGUAUUUGGCACCCUGAGGAGGAGAAGCUCUGUGGGCCUGAGUGCAUAUCUUCAAGCAGAGGAGGAACUAGCAACUGGGGAGCCAGGGACUGGGGUUCCAUGUCGCCAGGCACUCCGAAGAAUCAUCUCUAUUGAGGAAGAUCCCCUGCCUCAGCUCCUGGAAGGAGGCUUUGAGAAGCCACUGAGCAGAUGCCCAGAAGAGGAGGAGGUCUCUGACCAGGGCACAGAGGGGCAGAGCGUGGCAGUCCCAGUCUUGGAUAUCAUUCCUUCCUCUCCCCGAGGGCAGCCUGUCGGAAAAGAGACCCUCUGCAAGGAGGAGAGGGCGCCCUCUACCCCUGACCGGCUCUUUAAGAUCGUGUUUGUGGGUGAUGCCGCUGUAGGAAAGACAUCCUUCCUGAGGAGGCUCUGUGAGGCCCGCUUCUCUCCAGGCAUGGCAGCCACUGUGGGCAUCGACUACCGAGUGAAGACAGUCACUGUGGACAAUGCGCAGGUGGCCCUGCAGCUGUGGGACACUGCUGGGCAGGAGAGAUAUCGCUGUAUCAGCCAGCAGUUCUUCAGAAAGGCUGACGGUGUGGCUGUUAUGUAUGACCUCACAGCCAAGCAAUCCUUCCUGUCGAUCCGCCAGUGGCUGAGCAGCGUGGAGGAAGCUGUGGGAGACCGAAUUCCUGUUCUGCUGCUGGGCAAUAAACUUGACAAUGAGAAGGAGCGGGAAGUGCCACGGGGCCUGGGAGAGCAACUCGCCAAGGUCACUCAAGGAACAAGAGGACACAGUGAGGAAGGACACCAUUCAGGUCGGCCCCCCUGCCAAGAAGAAAUCCUGUUGUGGCUGACAGUAGCCUCCCACCCCCAGCCAGCUUGCCCAUGCCCACGAUCACCUUCAGCCAGCAGCCCUUCAAAGCUCCAGGUCAUGUGGCUGCUUGAAUCAGCACUUGGGCUCUUAUGCAGCAACACCCAGCAAGGCCUACUCUGGCUUGCCCUGGUUUAGUGACUUGCCUUCCUCGAUGGAAGAAAGCAUCUGCAGCCAGGAAGGCUGCUUUUUCUGUAUCUUGAAGUCUGCUCCCCCUUCUCUUCUACACCCCAAUACCCACUCCUUUCCCCCCCUCCUCCAAUGUAGUUUUCUGAAAGAAAGGAGCAGAUGGGCUUUUCCAGAAAAGUCACCACGUGCCUUCUCCACCCCCCUUCUCCUCUCUCCAUGCCCUCAGGAGUCUCUGCACUGUGGUUGCCAUGGCAACUGUGCAGGGGCACCUUGCUGCUUCUUGGAGGCCAAAGAAGUGCCAUUUGGGUGAUGCUGGGGUGGCCUGUCUUGCUUUGGCCCCUGUUCUCCAGAAACCAGAGAGCUGCUCUCGGCACACAGAUUAUGGGCCUUGAGAAUACUUGAGUGUCUGCCCCAGCUCCCAGGGUUCUCUCUGCUUCUCCUUGAGACCCUGAAGAUCACAAGCUUCACCAGCCUCUCCCAGCUAACACUGCACUCACUGGAUCUGCGUCUGUGGGUCUCUGCAGUGUGCUUCCUAAUGACCCUGCAGCCCUGGCUCCUGGUGAACCGUGGAUGGCAGCUCCAUGCCUGGAGUUACACUGCACACAUACUUUCUAC